AUGGAGAAGCGAAUAUUUUUUCAUCUAAGGAAACUCUUAUGGCUGGUCAUUACAAUGCAGCUAGCAACGGUUUUAGCUGCAACAAACGUGACUGAUUCUACACAGAUAGUAGGAGAUUCAAUAGUUAAUUUGUAUGCGUGGAGCGCGUGGGGUAGUUGGAGUGCCUGCUCGAGAAGUUGCGGUGGCGGAGUCUCAGUACAAGAAAGAGAGUGUUUGCCGAGAUCGCGUAAUCUAAUUGUAAAUGAAACUGGGCCUUCGACUACGACAGUACGAGUUACGAGACAAGCGACAAACGACUGCCUCGGAGUUUCUAGAAGAUACCACGAAUGCAACGCACACGCGUGUUUAAGCGGAGAAAGAGAUGUACGCGCUGAGCAGUGCUCGUCUUACGACCGCAGACCCUUUCGAGGAAGAUUCUACACAUGGGUACCUUAUAUUGACGGUGAUUCUCCGUGCCUGUUGAACUGCCGCCCUCUCGGGCAGCAGUUCUACGCAACACUGGCGUUGGUAGCGGACGGCGCGCCCUGCACGCGUGUCGGGUACAGAGCCAUCUGUGUUCAAGGGUCUUGUAAGGUUAGUGGAUGGAAAAUUUAUGAAAAAUGUAAGUCU